UGUACGUACGUAUAGCCUGAGAUUAGCUAUGGAAGACAUAUUUAAGUGCUAUUCUUGCGGAACGAAAUUUGAAACCACCGGUCCAAAAGAACCACAGGUGCUUCCAUGUCAACACACAUUUUGCAAAGUUUGCAUCUUUAAACUCUUAAGAACGAAUAGCACAAAAUGUCCAACUUGUUGCGAAGUUCAUCCCGCCAUAACAGCCGCUAAUCGGAAUCUUAUUCGAACCAAUUUGACAAUUAUUCGUUUACUUGAGGCGGAAGUCUCGGUACCGGAAGUACAGAAAAAUGAAACCAUCCAUGGAAGACAUACGAAGCUGGAAUUUUUAAAAGUUUAUAUCGUUUGUGUGAUAAGUUGGGUGAUAUGCGUGGUUUCUCUACCUGAUUUUAACGUUAUGGAAUUAAGAAAACCUUCCAAAGUUUUAGGUUUCUUUAUAUUGCCCUUUAUUUCUAUCAUUGAAAUAUUGAAAGGAGACAUGGAAGACAUUGCCAAAUAUAUUAACUUUGAUCUAAUUCUUUGGAUGAAUGCCAUUUGCAUUGUAACAGUACUAAACUUUAUAUCACCAGUUAUAAAACAGUUAGUAAUUCGCUUUUUGAAGGCUCCGGUAUGGAAGGUUGGCAUAAUGGUUAUCUGGUUCGCUAUUGUUGUGCAGUGUUUUGUGUACCAGGCAAAAGUUUGAAAUAUGUCAUGAUUUUGUUUUUGUACAUUGCAUAUAUUAAUUUAGUGGCAUAUAACAUUUUAUCUAUCAUUAACUUAUUCGACACUUGACAGAGGGCUUUCUUUCGUUCAAUUGAUAGAAAACUACUCAAAUUCAAGAAAUUGUAAAACGCCAGUACGAUAUUUUACUUUUUGUCAAAGUUCUUCGAUCUAAUUAUCAUUUUUGUUUUAUUAUCACCUUAUAUAUGCGUGAAUUAAACCGCUGGCUGCGCCUUUUUUUAACAUAGGCUUCUUAGUAGUUGCAAGCAAAAGCUAGUUUCUAGGGGUAGAUAAUAAAUUGGAAGCUUUGCAGCGCUAAGGGAUUGAAAUUAUUCGCAAAAUUGAAAACUCGUUUCGCGGGUCGCAUACAGUUCAAAAUUUGCACUCGCCCGCGGGCCGCACAAUUUUUUUUUUGACCGCAUUCGGACCGGGGGCCGCAGGUUGAACACCCCUGCUUUAGCAAUAUUUCAGGUU